GCGCCCUCAUUUGCCCAGGCGGCAAGGUCGAAAGCUGCUAGGAGGUGGCGGUGGUGGCGGCUGCGGCGCCACUAGGCUCCGCCCCUCCCGGGCCGCUGAGGACUCCAGGCCUCUGCGAAUAACAAAAGAACCUGGAGAAGUGGGAGAAGAUAAAGUAUAUCCAUUAUCCAGAUCAGAAGAUCAACAAAGCAGGAAAUGCACAAUUUUGAGGACGAGUUAACGUGUCCUAUUUGUUACAGUAUUUUCAAAGAUCCUAGAGUCCUACCAUGCUCUCAUACAUUUUGUAGAAAUUGUCUGGUAAGUGUUUUUCAGGCAACUAGAAACUCUUUGUUAUGGAGACCUUUGCGAAUUCCAUUCAAGUGUCCUAACUGCAGAAGGAUUAUUGAAAUUUCUUUACCUGGUAUAGAAUCCUUACCGGUAAAUUUUGCAUUGAGAGCAAUUAUUGAAAAGUACCAGCAAGAAGACCACCCCGAUGUUGUCACCUGCCCUGAACACUACAGGCAGCCAUUAAAUGUUUAUUGCCUACUAGAUAAAAAAUUAGUUUGUGGCCAUUGUCUCACUAUAGGCCAACAUCAUGGUCAUCCUAUAGAUGACCUUCAGAGUCUCUAUCUGAAAGAAAGCGAUACACCUCAGAAGUUGUUUAAACAGUUAACCGACACACACUGGACCGACGUCACCCGUCUUAUUGAAAAGCUUGAAGAACAGAAGUGUCAUUUUGAAAAAAUGGUUCAAGGUGAUAAGGAAGUUGUUCUCCAGUAUUUUAAGGAGCUUAGUGAUACAUUAGAACAGAAAAAGAAAGGUUUUUUGGCAGCUCUCUGUGACGUUGGUAAGCUGAUCAAUCAGGAAUACACUCCGCAGAUCGAAAGGGUGAAGGAGAUCAGAGAACAACAGCUCGAGUUAAUGGCAGUGACUACAGCUUUACAAGAUGAGUCUCCACUUAAACUCCUAGAAAAAAUUGAUGAUGUCCGCCAACGUGUGCAGAUGUUGAAACGGAGCCCACUUCCUGCGGUUCAGCCUGUAGAAAUUUACCCUCGAGUAAGCCAAGUAUUAAAGGAAGAGUGGAGCAGGACAGAGAUUGGACAUAUUAAGAAAGCUGUCAUUCCUAAAAUGAGAGUUUCUUCAAAAAGGAUGCCAUGUUCCUGGCCUGACAAAUAUGAAAAAGAACUUGAAUUCUUUAAAAUUUUAAAUAUUGCUGUGAUUUCACUGAUUUCAGUGAUAUUAAUGUUGAUACUCUUUUUCAACCAAUGCAUAAUCACCUUCCUAAAUGAAAUCACUUUAAGAUGUUUCUCUGAAGUCUCUUUGUCUGUUUACCAAAGUUUAUCUAAUAACUUAAAUGACUUAAAAAAUAUGGUAUGCUAUAAUUUAUAUUUGUUAAAGGAAAUCAUGUGGAAAAUAGUUUCUCGCUGA